CGUGAUAGCAGAACGUCUCGGAAAGACGGACAGUUCAUCAUGGCGGACGCGUACGGUCAAUUAAUUUUGGGUUCCGGGCUGACUGUCCUUUCCCAUCCGCUUAUGUACAUCAAAGUCCUCGUACAGGUUGGACAUGAGCCUCUGCCACCAAGCAUAGGAAGAAACCUGUUUGGCCGGCAGGUUUACCAGCUGCCUGGUCUCUUUUCAUAUGCUAAGUAUAUAGUGAAGAUUGAUGGGAAAAGAGGACUUUUCAAAGGCCUGUGCCCUAGACUGUGUGCUGGGACAAUUGGAACAAUAGUACAUAGCAGAGUUCUACAGAAAUACCAAGAUGCUGAGAAACAAGAGGAUAUGGGGAGCUGUCUCAAAGAGGACCCAUCCUCUUUCCAGCAAGUUGUAAAAGAGACAACCAAAGAGAUGGUGGCACGUUCUUGUGCCACAAUUGUUACACAUCCGUUUCACGUGAUCACGUUACGAUGCAUGGUGCAGUUUAUUGGAAGGGAAGCCAAAUACAGUGGAGUGUUCGACUCUAUUGUAACAAUAUACAGAGAAGAAGGAGUCCUUGGUUUUUUUGCUGGUUUGAUUCCUCGCCUCCUAGGUGAUAUUAUUUCUCUUUGGCUCUGCAAUGUCUUGGCACAUCUCAUUAACACAUAUGCAAUAGACAAUACUAUGUCUCAUACAGGAGAAAUUAAGAGCUGCUCUCAAGCCAUCACUGGGUUUCUAGCCAGUAUGCUGACGUACCCUUUUGUACUUGUUUCAAACCUCAUGGCUGUCAACAACUGUGGACUUGCUGGCGGCCUCCCACCAUAUGCCCCUGUUUACAAGAAUUGGCUGGAUUGCUGGAGCACCCUUAAUAGAGAGGGCAACAUGAGCCGUGGAAACAGUUUAUUUUUCCGGAAAAUGCCUGCUGGGAAGAAGUAUGCAGCUGACCAGAAGCGUUUUUUUUAAACACCUGUGCAAAUGAAUAAAGUGUAAUUAUUAUAAUUAUUAAAAGUGGAUGAAUGAAUGGAAAAUGUUUCUUUGUAUGCAUUUGUUUACAAUCAUGUAUUCAAUUUUUUUAAAACCAAACUCUGUCAAACCUUGGAAGCAGUAAACACAUUUAUGCAUUA